CAUUAAGUCCAAGUUUCACAAUAGUUUACUUGAUUUGGUUGUUAUUUAAAAAGAAAAGCAAGUUGUGUUGUGACUCAUUCAGCUGUGAAGUGUGUUCCUGUUGUUGUCGUAAACAAUAUUUCCAGCAAAAGAAGAAUCAUGUACUUUCUAUGGCCUCUACUGUUUCUUCAUGUUUCAGCAAUACGUCGUUUACCAAUAGUUGGAAAUGUCCGACUGAAGCAGCCUUCACAGGAGGGCAGUGUGCGAUUGGUGGGGGAUCUUCCCUCAUCUGGACGUGUGGAUAUCUACCAUGAUGGGCAGUGGGGUACAGUCUGUGAUGAUGGAUGGGAACUGGCUGAUGCGCAGGUGGUGUGUCGUCAGCUGGGUUUUUCUGGAGCGAUCUCAGUUAUGACUGGAGGACAAUAUGGUGAAGGUUCUGGUCCAAUCUGGCUGGAUGACAUGAACUGUAAAGGCUCAGAGAGUUCACUGUCUGAAUGCAGCUUCAAAGGCUGGGGUAUUACUGACUGCUCACAUAAAGAGGACGCAGGAGUGGUCUGUGAGUCUGGUACAAACAUAACCAGCAAUCGUCAGUUCUUUCUGGAUAACAGUCUGGGUUUGUCUGAUGAUCUCGGUCUUCUGUUUGACAGUGGAGAUGGUUGUGAUUUCAGAAUUAACAUACAAGACGUCAGCGAAGGGGCAAAACUGACAUUCUGUGUGCACAGUACAAUCCUCAUGAUUUAUCCAGAAUUAAACAUAACAAAUAACUCCAGAACCCUCACAGUGAAUGUCAGCCAGACUUGCCAUCCUCAUGUCUCUGCUUUUCUCAGGUAUUUGUACACACGUCAGAUUGAUGUUUCCAUCACAUCGGCUCAAUGUCUGCAUCGGCUGGCAUUUAUCUUUGGAGUGAAGAAGCUUAUGGAGGAUGUUGGAAGGGCCUUCACUGUACUCCUUCCCGAAGACAACACCUUCCGUACACAGUUAUCCAUGUACGAGUACGCCGUCCGCACACAUGAUCUUGUUCUGCAGGAGAACGUUCUUCAGUAUCUUUCUUGGAACUGUGCGUAUCUCAUAAACUCUCCAGUGUGGAGCACCAUCUCCUUUCCCAUGAUGGACGCUCUGCUACAGCGCUCAGACCUGAUUGUGAAAGAUGAAGCUUUGCUUCUUGAAGCUCUGGAGAGAUGGAUUCAAGGCAAAGGUGAUGAGAUUAAUUCAGAUCAACAGGCCAGUCUCCUGAAUCAAAUCCGCUUCCUCUUGAUCCCAGUGGAUAAACUGUAUGAAAUACAGGUUUCCUCAAAGGUUCUCCGUCAAAAUCAUGAGAAACUGUACCUAACUGGUCUGCUGAGAGGUUUUCAGUUCAAUGUUCUGCCCUUCUCUAAGAUCAGGAAUCAAAUGGAUAACAUGAGCCAUGAGUAUCUUCCCAGAAUCUACACUGGAGAUGAGUGGAAUAUAUUUAUUAAUGACACAACAGUCAAUUACCAAUACCAUAAUUACUACUAUGGUCUAAACAACAGAAUCCAAUCCUUCUCCACACCAGCACACCCUAGUGCUCUUUACAGAGAACAAACGGUGCCGUGGCAAGCCCAGCUGUUUUUUAGUGCUCAGGAAUGCUCUAACUAUGGUAUUUCAUGUACAACUUUUCCUGUUGCAAGGUUUUACGGAUAUGGCAAUCAGAAUAAUUACGCUAGCAUCAUUCGCUACAGCAACAGGUUGAUUCUUACCUGUAAGAAUGAAAACAAUAUCUUUCAUGUCCAGGAUUUCAAAAACGACAUGGCGGUAGUUUCAAAUAACAGUAUGGUUCUGCCAAACCCCUGUCCUGAUGACUACAGUUUUAGAUUUGUAGUGCGUCCAGAGUAUAUCUGAAUGCAUGCUGUUAACAUCAUGUGAUUUUCUACUGGUGGUAAAGUUUAGGUCUGUUUAUUCAAUUCAGUCAAACUAAAAUCAUGAUUAAUAUUCCUUUGUAAUGUUCAAUGUCAGUUUAAGAUCAAUAUAAUAAUCAGUGAAGGGUUUUAAUCAUUUUGUUUAUUUCAUGUAAUGAUCAGAAUGUUAGACAUUAACUAUUUUUGUCUGUUUAAACAUGCACUUAAAAAUGAUACAAAUAAUAAUAAAAAAAAAACAAACA